AUGACCAUCGAGCCCUCCUCGCACCCGGAAAUUGAACUGAGAGCUGCUGGCUUUCGCAAUACCGAGCCUGGCGGAAUCACUCAUACUACUUUGCUGAACUUGCUGGAGAUAUACCCUGACAAAGCCGCCUGGGCCCCGGACCUUGACCAUGCUCGACUUCUUCGACACUUUGAUCAUUCGUCUGAACUUCCCCGGUUGAGGAUAUUUUUUAUCGAAGAUCUUGACUUUCUCGACUGGAGCAGGUGGAAAACGAAUGAUAAUCCAAAUCUGGAGCCGAAUGAUACUGCCCACUGGAUGCAACAACGCUUCGGCGUAUCUCCAUUAUUCUUCGACGGGAUGACAUCCCGGCACUUUUCGGGAAAUGCUAGUUUUGUCCGCAAGGGACAUGGGAGACGCGUCUCCCUUGAUGGAUUGUAUCGAUUUAAAUCUGGAAUCAGUACACCUCUGACCCUUGUCUGGUUCUCUCAUUCACUCGACCAGGUUCCCUCCUCGACUUACAUGAUAUAUCAGUAUACCGAAAGCGUCAAGAAUACUAUUCUCUCUUGCACGCAUCCGGAUACCACAUCUUCGCUACUCAGACCUCUUGCCAUAGAUGCUUUCCUGGCCGAAGACUGCUUGUUCGCAUUGGGGGCAGACGUGUUACAACCACGGAAUGAAUUGAUUAAAUACGAACGCAGAAAAUUUGCACGUUUCACCCCCGAGCAAGUCGCCAUGGCUGUCGAAAAUCUCCACGCACUCUCCCAGCGCUUCAAUGUCAUCAGCGGACAUCUCGCUGACCAUCAUGAGCGAAUCAAUUUCUUACUCAAAGUCCAUCGACGCCUGCUAUACACAUCAGAAUAUUACAACACGCAUACUUCCUCUAGAAGAUAUGCUCCAUGGUCGUUUGACGAGAUGCCGGAAGAAUUUCCUCGACCAAGGAUGGAAUAUACAAAUCACUCCGAGACCGAGGAGCCGGAAGACAUAGAAUCCGUUCUCGACUCCUUCGAUUUUAUCCUUUCAAAGACGGACGUACUCAAACGAUGGGUCCUGAACUACAACGAACGCACCGGAAUCCGGAUCAACUUGUUUUUCAACAUCUCAACACAGACAGAUAAUAAAACCAACCUAGAUAUCGCGCGGCUUACAAGCAAGAUCGCAGUCAGCACCCAAAGAGAUAGCUCCUCGAUGAUUACGAUGGCAGCUGUUACAAUGCUUUUCUUACCCGGCACCUUCGUUUCAGCGCUUUUCAGCAUGGUCUUUUUCAAUUCUCAAUCCGACAACACCCUAGUUGUGUCUGAACAAAUCUGGCUAUUCUUCGCCAUCACAAUCCCACUAACAGUGGCCGUCUUCGUGCUUUGGCUCUUUUGGCGGCGAUAUCGCAACGAAGCGGAGGCACGCUCCCUAGGAUUAUCUGACGAUGAUCUCAUUCUCAACUCCGAAGGAAAAGAUGCAGCUCACUCAAAAAUGCUAAUCAAUGAAGAGUAA